AUGACUGAAAAAUAUUUUUUAAAAUUCAUCGAUCAUUUUAUAAAACAUGUUAAGCCUUCCACCGAAGAGCCUGUACUCUUUCUGCUGAAUAACCACAGUUCACACGUAAAUAUUUACGUCGUCGAGAAAGCUAAGGAAAAUAACAUAUUCAUGCUGUCAUUUCCACCGCAUUGUUUCCACAAUUUACAACCGUUAUUAUAUUAUGUUGAAGUCUAUGGUCCGUUUAAAAACUACCUUAAUCGAGCACAGACAGCCUAG